CUACGCGAUGCUUACUGUAGUUGCACCGAAUUAUGGAUUCGACGGUUAUUAAAAAUUUAGUGCUGAAUGUGGACAAACCGGUAGUGUUACAGAACCUGCAACUUCCGUGGAAAUGUUUCGAUGUUCCGUUCGAAGAGUGGCUUGGAUAUCUUGACAAGGCAGAAGGGGAGAUUACGUUCGAGUGUGGCUCCAAGCGAAACGGGUCACAUCCUCAAUGGGAGCGAACCCGCAGUGAGGUGCGUAUGACCAUGGCCGAGUUCUUCGCGAACGCUACCACCGGUCAAGGUCACUUCCGCGACAACUGGGCUUCGUACAGCUAUCGAAGCGUUGGGGAACUUCCGGAGAUUUGCCGAACUGGGAUUGACUUUAGUGCGUUUGGCUUUCCGGAGAUUCGCGACGAUGUUUCGUUUUGGAUCGGAACCGAGGGGGCGCACACUCCUUGCCACUACGAUACGUACGGAUGUAACAUUGUUGUGCAGGUUCGCGGUCGGAAACGGUGGCUGUUGUUUCCACCGGACGCGAAGCUGACGCCGACCAGGGUUCCGUACGAGGAGUCCAGCGUGUACUGUGAGCAGAACUUUUACUCGCCGGAUGCGUAUCCCAGGGUUAUCGGGGUAGAGAACGAUGCGUAUCACACGGUUCUGGAACCAGGGAUGGCGUUGAUAGUCCCUCCAAAGUGGUGGCAUUUUGUGGAAAACUUGGAGCCUUCGCUGAACUUCAACACGUGGAUUCAGUUGGAAACCGACACGGAAGAGCAGAUUUCAGAGUGCAUAACCCGUCAGAUCAUCCAGGAUUACUCGGAAAGUUUAACACCGGAAAGCUUGCGCUACGUCAUCAACCCUAACGAGCUCGCCGAACUUGGUUCCUCAUCCCAGCAAGACUUGCAACCGACCCUAAAAUACCUUCUGAACCAAAAAACCGCAAACAAACGAAGUCGUAUCGCUUCGGAGCGACACACUUCGAAUUACCUUCCCCAAGAGGAACUCAAGCAUCUCUUGAAAACGUACGCAAAUCACGCAAGUUUCGUGCCCAAAUUGAACAGUUGGGAGUUCUUCAGCCUUAUGAAACGAAACAGUUUGCGGUACGAUCCUUCCAGGAACGGGACUAGCGACGAAGACGAGAACAAUCGGCAAGCCGGUCGAAGUAUCAACGCAGCGUGUCGACCCCAAGUGAUCGAGUUGGUAAAGGCUUGUCUGCUGGAGAGAGGAAACAGUCCAGUUUAGCUUUGUAUUCGUUUUAUUUAAAUUGGUUUAAAUGAUAAAUUGUACAAAACACGUUAACUACGUAGCUGGAUUAAAAUAUAUGACAUUUCUAGUAGUUUGAUAAUGAUAGCUAA